GUAAAAUUAAAAACGUUUUUUAUUUAUUUGAUUAAGCGUAAACUAAACUAAAAUAAAAUAAAAUAAAAUAAUUUUUUUAAUGACAACGUGGGAGGGAUCUGUUUUGGUUAGUUACCUCUUUUACACACGAGUUUUAAUUAUUAUUAUGUACCAAUAUAUACCCAACACCCCUUUAAUAUGACCAUGUGUGCUUUAGUUUACAAGUGUGGUAGUUACACACGACUAUUAAUUUGUAUAUAUUGUAUUAUAUAUAUAUAUAUAUAACCAUAACCAUAUCCUCCUCCUCCCAUAUCGUCGUAUGACAACUGUAACUGUAACUAACUAACCAACCAACCAACCAACCAUGUCAAGAUCUUUCAUUAUACUAUUACUUCUCAUACCUUAUACCCUCGCUUUAAACAUUCUUUUAUCAACUUCUGAUUCUUGGGUUUCAAAAAAUUCAAGACAUUUAUAUACAACUUUAACAAAUCAAGGUCAUAAUGUUAUAUUAAUAGCUCCCUUAUAUUUCAAUAAUAAAUAUUUAUCAUUAAAAGAUUUCACUACUACAACCAGUACUACCAUAACUUCAAUUCUUGAUGGAGGUGAAUUUGGUCAUCUUUUAGAUGUAAAUCAAAUUUAUUAUAAAAAUUUAUUAAAAAUAAAUCAACCAAAAACUCCAAGAAAUGUGAUAUCAUCAUCAAUUUUAAAACAACAAUCGAAAUUAGUGCAAAAUUCAAAUCAAUUUGGUCAUGAUCCUUUAAAUAAUCAAAUUUGGUAUAUCAAUUCCAAUCCUAUAAUUACUUUAAAAUUAUCAUUUGAUGUUAUAUUACCAACUUUUUUCCCUCAUUUUAAACCUGAUUUAAUUUUAUUUGGUCCAAAUGAAAAAUCUUCAAUGCCAGAUAAUUUACAUGAUGAUGUUUUAAAUGUAUUGAUUAAUCAAAGUGAUGAAGAAAUUCCUAUCAUGUUUAUUCAAACUAAUGAUAAUCAUAAUAUUUAUUAUCAAGAUGAAAAAUAUUUUAAUAUAAAUAAUAAUCAAAAUAAUAAUCAUCAAAAACAUCAAAUUAAAAAAAAUAUUUUCACAACCAAUUUACAAUACAUAAAUCAUAAAAUCACCCAAUUAAUCCAUAAUAUAAUGGAAACUAAAUCAUCAUCAUCAUCAUCAUCAUUAUCAUCAUUAUCAUUAUCUCAAAAAUCAAUCUUUAAUGUCAUAAUCCCUUCCAUCAAUCAUCAACUUUCAAAAUGUACUACUACAUCGAUAAAUAAUCCAAAUUUAGUAUUAUUCAAAUCAAAUGAUCAACAUCAAACCUUACAAAUCUUAAAAAAGAGAAAUGUGAAUUUACCUCAUUUUAAAUUGAUUAAUCAAGAUAUUCAAUUAAUUGAAUCGGAAAGUGUAACAAUAAGUACUACUGGUAGUACUAAAUCUAAAUCGGAUAAUGUUAAAUCAUUACAAAUUUUAGAUGAUUGUAAUAUUAGUGUAGAGAUUAUAGACUUGAAUUAGACUAGACUACUAUCUACAUAGAUAAUUAAUAUAAAAGUAAUACCCCGUUGAUUCUUAUCAUUUGUAAUAGAAUAUUUGAUUGACCGUCAUAACUUGAUCUGGAAAGGGACAAGUUGUUGUCUUUAAACAAAUUUACAUUUUCUGUUACACCCCCUACUUCCCCCACCCCCCUACAAUCAAGAUUAAAAGUUUCAUAAUAAUAAUAAUUUUAUAUCACUUAACAACCACGACAUUUUCAUUUGCAUUUUCCUUCUUCUCCUUUCGUUAAAAUAUCUUUAUUUUCCGGAACUGCAAAUAGAAUAAAAAAAAAAAUGACAAUAAUUUUUAAACUUCAGCCUAUUUCAGACACUUCCAAAUUGGGUAACUAA